CGCAGACCACCGAGGUCUCCACCCAGACUUCCAAGUCCACCCUGGCUGCCCAGUCCUCCCGGACCCAGACGGUGACUCUCCGGCGGGGUGGUAGAGCCCCGCGGCGUCCCCGGCCCUCCUCCAUGGUGGACUACCAGAGCUACAGACACACCCAGCAGCUGGUCAGCAGGUUUCUAGAGCAGCCGGCCCACUGCAGCCUGACCCCCGAGGUCCAGGAGCUGGUGGACAGCAUCCGUAGCGUGCUGCGCUCAGACCAGGAACACAUGGAGGAGGCCGUCCGCUGUGCCAGCUUCAUAGAACAGGUGAUCACAGUAUCAGAGACACCAGCUGGAGCCCUCCCCCAGCCCCUGUCCCUCCCCAGGGCCUGCUCCAGACCACAUGCCCCCAUGCUGGACUGUUCCUCCCGGACCCUCCCCCAGCCCCUCCGAAAGAGGCCCGGCCUGCUGCACCUGCGGAGUUGUGGGGACCUCAGCACCUUCACCUGGGCAGAGCAGCAGCCACUAGAGGCCAGGCAAGGUGGUGGGUCUGGCUUCAAGUCCUGGUCUAGAACCAGGUCUAGAGUAGGUUCUAGGUCGACGUCACGUGCGGGCUCACGCCUGGAUCAUCACGAACGCCCCCACAGUCUCAUAGGGGUGUUUAGGGAAACUGUGAUCUGAUGGAACCCUCUUCCCAUCCCAACACUCCCCUAGCACAAACUGAUGGCAAGGUCCACUGGGGGAAACAACUUAUUGACUCCAAGGGAAAGGCGCCCCCUGGUGGCGAGGUGUGGGACUGCCACUGCUAAACCUAGUGGGGAAAAGCCAUUCUUAAAGAACUUUGAAACUGAGUCCCACAGACUGCAAGUACAAGCCUUUAGAAAGGCUGUGUGUGUGCGGCUGCGUGCGUGUGUUGUGUGCCUAAGGUGUGUGUGUGUGUGUAUCUGCUGCACUAAUGCUGUUGAAGUGUAUGUACAGUGUAUCGUGUUGUCUGUACACUAUGUUGUUUGCAUUGUGAAAGAGGUGACCUGGGAAUCAAAGGUUUUAAAAUUGUUUCCAAAUAUUUCCCAUGAACCAUUCUGUGUUACAAACUGUUAUAAAAUGGCUGGCUGUACAUAUGACAUCACUGAACCCUACCUGCAUGUGAGAGCCUAUGGAAGGGUCUCUCUCUAUACUUCACUAUCUGCCCAGUGCCUUAAAUAAAGCAACAUGUAAUGUUCCAUAUAAAAUGUUCGGUAUGAAUUAAACUGGCCAUGCACUAUGA